AUGUCUGACCGUAUAAAUUAUUUUGCCCAAUCAAUUGAUUCCGAAUCCCUCAAAUCAGAGAAUCCCGAUCCAGAUGGUCUUAUCAAAAUUACCCAUGAUAUGGUCUUCAACCUAAAGAGCGAUGGGGAUGUGGAAAGCGGAGCUCAAGCUCAUGAGAUGGACGAAGAUUCGUUCCAGGAGACCUCCAGAUGGACCAAACGCUCGACGGUAACCGAAAAACAAAAGCAACAGAAGGAGGAGCAAGAAAAGUUGGGACACUCUCCGCACUUGAUGAUAAUCUUUGCAGAUGGAGACAUGAAUAGUGCUUUGCAUUUUCUGAUCGAAUCGAUGAAGCAUCCAUUUGAAUCGAGUUCCGUGGCCACGGCCUUUGUGGAGCAGAGUAUUCGUUCGGAUAUCUUGGAGCGUAUUCGACCAGAGUUGCAUCCCUUGAAGAAACAGGCAAACACUAAACUUCGUCCUAGUUAUUUGAACACGCUGAAGGUGAUCAAUGAGAUACAGGUGGAGGUCGUCUCCAAAAUGGAUUUCACUGCUCCCUCGAGGGCUUCCCCCAUUUUGAUUACCGACUGUGCGGCCGAUGAGCACGGCGUGUAUUCCGAUGGCGUCAUCAUGAUGCAUACCUUUAAAAAGAGCAUGGAAAUAAUAAAUAUAUGCGACAGGGAUACCAAACCAUUUGGCGCUGUUUCUAUAUGGAACGAGGGCAUGGAUCUAUGCUUCGAUAUUGUGGUUGCCAUCAAUUCCUCCCAUUUCUUUAUCAAUUGCACAAACGUGGACUUGUCGCCGAUUGACAAGUACUUCAAGGCCGAAGAGAACUUUACCUUGAUUGAGAAGGGUUUCCACUACGAAGCCAUUAGUAUCUAUGGAAAAAUAAAGACGAUUGUCUUUCCUUUGGUCUAUCAUAUAGCACCGAAAUCAGAGGCUAAUGUCGAAGAGGAGCCGUCCUCCAUCUCCUUUUUGGAGAGCUAA